CCAAAAUGACGACUGCGACCAUUUCAUUGACUAAAUUCAAGGAAUGUCUGAUUCAAUGGGCAAAACUGAACGAUAAAGGUGAACAGUGCUUAUCGCAACAGGUUUUAGGACAGUCAUCGACAGAUCUUGACGCGAUUGUAGAAGAAUUCAAACAAGUGCUGGGAACCAUGUUUGAAGAAUAUGCAUUUGCAGUCAAUGUUUUGGGCUUAGAGCAGGUUAUUGAAAGGGAUGAUACGGCCAAGAUACCUGAAAAUAUCAACUUGAUGCGAUACUGUGUGGACAUGUACGAUCAAGAAUUCAUGGUGAAAGAGUGUAUUAGAGGUAUUGUGAGUACUGAAGGAUUUGCAACACAACAGCAUUUGGCAGGAAGUAUUGCUUUAUGGAAAGCAGAGUCUUAUCUUGAUGAUGAGAUACAACAAAAGAUAAAGAAUUUUUAGGAUGUUUAUUUAUUUAUAUUACAUGAUCUCUCUCUCUUUUCCUUUCUCUUUCUUUACUUUUUAGCUGGCUAUGUUACAAAGAAUAAAAGAGCAUAAAUAUGUGUAUAUUCUCAGUCCGUGUUUUCGGAUGAUUUUAUUAAUUCAUGUACUUCUGUAGGCGAUAGGUGAACGACACAAAGGAGUGGAAACAAACCUCUUUGACCUGAAACAAGAUUAUCCCCUAAAGAAAAAAAAUUAAACCACACAAUCACAACAAAAGAAGCUUAUAUUACCAAUUGCCCAUCCAUCAUCAAAAUAAUAGUACAUCCUAAGGAUAUCACCUGUAAGCAGUUGUAGUUCAUCUGAGUGAUUCGGUACUGUAAAUGAAU